AGUCUACUUGUUGAUUCGGCCCGGGAGGGGAGGACAUGUGGGGGACUGGACAUGCUGAUGUCUGAGUAAAAACAGUUAUAUUUUCCAACAUGUCGCCACGUAGCUCAUGAUGCCUCCAUCAGCUCCCAGCAGAGCUCCGGAGACCUGCACGGACUUAAGUUUUUACGCGUUUACUCUUGAAAUGUUGCUGUUGUCCGUCCAUGAGGUGAACCGGGAUAAACAGGAGACACGCUCAAAAAGAACCGAGGUGGGACCCUGAUGCGGGUUUCUACAGGACCAUGUCUUCUUAAUCUACCGGACUGUAUCUUCCUUUUCAAGUGACCGAGUGACUGGAGUGAAGAUGAUGAAGACGGGGCCUCGGUCGGGCACCUCGCUGCCACCGGACACCAUGGACAUCAUCCGCAGCAAGACCCACACCCGCCGAGUGAGGCUCAACGUCGGGGGCCUCCUCCACGAAGUCCUGUGGAGGACGCUGGACCGGCUGCCCCGCACCAGACUGGGCAAGCUGAGAGACUGCAACACCCACGACUCUAUCAUGGAGAUAUGCGACGACUACACCUUGGAUGGCAACGAGUACUUUUUCGACAGGCACCCCGGCGCCUUCACCUCCAUCCUGAACUUCUACCGCACCGGAAAGUUGCACAUGAUGGAGGAAAUGUGCGCCCUCUCCUUCAGUCAGGAGCUGGACUUCUGGGGCAUCGACGAGAUCUACCUGGAGUCCUGCUGCCAGGCCAGGUACCACCAGAAGAAGGAGCAGAUGAAUGAAGAGCUGAAGAGAGAGGCCGAGAACAUGAGGGAGAGGGACGGAGAGGAGUUUACCACCACAUGUUGUUCCGAGAAGAGGAAAAAACUCUGGGACCUGCUGGAGAAGCCCAGCUCGUCGUUUGCUGCUAAGAUCCUGGCAAUUAUCUCCAUCCUCUUCAUCGUGUUGUCCACCAUUGCCUUGUCUCUGAACACCCUUCCAGAGCUGCAGGACACAGAUGAGUUUGGUCAGUCCACAGACAACCCGCAGCUGGCCCACGUGGAAGCUGUUUGUAUUGCCUGGUUUACCAUGGAGUACCUGCUUCGCUUCCUGUCCUCUCCCAGCAAGUGGAAGUUCUUUAAGGGUCCUCUGAACAUCAUCGACCUGCUGGCCAUCCUGCCCUACUACGUCACUAUCUUCCUGACAGAAUCCAACAAAAGCGUGCUGCAAUUUCAGAACGUCCGUCGUGUGGUGCAGAUUUUCAGGAUCAUGCGUAUCCUGCGUAUUUUGAAGCUGGCUCGUCACUCCACGGGUCUCCAGUCUCUGGGCUUCACUCUCAGGAGGAGCUACAAUGAGCUGGGUCUGCUGAUCCUUUUCUUGGCCAUGGGCAUCAUGAUCUUCUCCAGUCUGGUGUUCUUUGCAGAAAAGGAUGAAGAGGACACUAAGUUCAAAAGCAUCCCAGCUUCCUUCUGGUGGGCUACUAUUACCAUGACCACAGUAGGCUAUGGAGAUAUCUACCCAAAAACUCUACUGGGAAAGAUAGUUGGAGGUUUGUGCUGCAUUGCCGGAGUACUGGUGAUCGCCCUGCCUAUUCCCAUCAUCGUGAAUAACUUCUCUGAGUUCUACAAGGAGCAAAAGAGGCAGGAGAAAGCCAUCAAAAGACGGGAGGCUCUGGAGAGGGCAAAGAGAAAUGGUAGCAUUGUUUCUAUGAACAUGAAAGAUGCAUUCGGCCGCAGUGUAGAGCUCAUGGAUAUAAUAGUGGAAAAUGCUGAUGAAAAGAAGGAGAAGGUGCAUGACAAUCAUGUGACUUCUAUUCAGCCGAAAGGGACACCCAAACUCAAGUCACCCAUGAGUCCCAACAAGACCCUCGAAUCAAGUUACCAGGAGCAGGCCAAGCCCUCGAGCAGCCCACAGCAUCUCAGCGCACAGAAACUUGAGGAAAUGUACAACAAGAUGGCCAAGUCACAAACUGACCUCGACAGCAAGGAGAAAGGGCCGCCAUCCAAAGCAGUCAGACAGAGAGCUGAAUUAGAGAUGGGAAGCAUCCCCGCUGAACCCAUCGCAGGCAAAGCAGAGGUAGUUUCAGACAUGAGGAGCAUGUCCAGCAUUGACAGCUUUAUCAGCUGCGCCACUGACUUCCCUGAGAGCUCUCGCUUUUCCCAAAGCCCCGUCAGCAACAUGCCGGGGAGGGUCAGCACCAACCCCAGCCUGGAGCCCACCUUGGAGAACGAGCAUGAAGGGUCCCACGGCACCAACACACCCCUGACAGGACGAGGCACCAAGCCCGGAGCACAUUAUUCUGACAGCCCCAGAGGGGUGCGCUUCAACAACCCGCUCAAAAGCCACUCGCUCAAGGUCAACUACAGAAGUGGGGAGGAUUCGGGGACAGGGCUCCUCUCAGACAGCUCGUCAGUCAUGAGCCCCGAGGUGUCCGUCUACACAACUGCCAGCAGCAGGACACCAAGCAAGAGCCCGGAGAACGUACCGCCGAGCGGCCUCUUCACAUUCCACGAUGCAACCAUCAGUAAAUUCAUCGAUGCCGACACAGAUGAGGAGGAGCACCCGCAUGACGGUUCAGGCGCCAACCCGUCCCAAAGACUGCUGGAAAGAGCCAGGCCGAAGUUCGGUCAUCACUCCGGCUUCCAGCAAGGGGCCAACCACAUGGAGGGCCUGCAGAGGAAGCUGGGGAACAGCUCACUGCCGCUGGAAGGACAGGAGAACCAUGUGGCUCAGGAACUACAGCCACUUCAGGGAGAGGAGAGUCACCCUAACGCCUGAAGUUACAAUAACAAGAAGAAAUGUGCGUGAGAGGAGGAAGCAGAAAAGGGAAAUGUAAGAAGCACAGUGAACUAAGCAAAACUGAACUUCCCAAAAAUAUGAAAGACGCUGAAAACAUUUGCAGGAACAUUUUGAGAAUAUGAAAUUCUUCUGCCAUGACAAUAGCUGUGGACAAUGGGAACGAUUUUUGUGUUGUGCUCUCGAACUUUUUCUUACCAAGGACUCCUGAUUAAUUAAUUCCACAGAGGACUCUGAUCUAAGAGGUUUUAAAAAUGGCAAGGAAUGCCCGUCUGUUAGUUUUUACUAUUUAUACAUUUGUUUCAGCCCAGAUCAUCGUAUAAUAAUUAAAGCCUAGUUGUAAGAGUAUCAUUUUUAUAAGCAAAAACCUAUUUUUAUGACAUUCCCGGACACAACUAUAAAGCCACUAUAGCAAAAGCUGUCCAAUCAGUAGCAAACCACAGAGAGCACUGACACAUAGCACUGCAAACAGGAACACAUGAGAUGUGAGAAUGCUGAGAUAGUUCAAAUGUUGUUAACUUCCAUUUUUCUUUAACUUUUUGGUUCAACGGUGUACAAUUAUGGCAUUACAAAGGCAGCAGUAUGUUGAGAACAUGUAUAGUUUGCUUUCUUUAACUUCCUUCCUCAAAACUGGCCUUAGUUUAUGUUUCACUCAUGAUUUAUGUUUGUAUGAGUGAGAAAGAAACAGACAGCACAUGCAUAUAUAUAUAUACAGUAUAUGUAUUUUUAUGUAGCGUUCCUGAUCUCCCAAUUGUGAGGAGAGUCAACCAUUUUAAGUCUGAGUUUAAUGGCUAUAUUUCUACUGCACAAACAAACACACAGAGAGACACUGUGAGGUUGCGUCCAUCGAUUUCCUUCUUGUUCCCGUUGUGCCCGGCUGCUGGCAAAAGAAAGCACCUUAAAACAAUAAUUAUUUUUCUUAUGAAAACAGAUGAAAUAACCCUCUUUAUUCUUGUUUGUAUUGGUGUUUGUAUUGGUGUAAUCAGAGUUUGAAUCUGGAGAAAAUCAAAAAGUCUUAUGUGUUAUUUCAAAACUUUCUCAGACGUGUCUUGGAGGAGUCUUCAUUCCUAUUGUAGCUGAUAAAUUCAUAUAAAAUGAGCAUCACUAUAGCCGGAGAGUCGAUGUUAAACCUCCAGUUUUGUAGGCGUGUGAAUAUUGUACAUGUAUAACUACAAAAGUAGAAUAUUACAAAAAAAGACACACAUUUAUUGUACCAGGUAAAGAAGGAAAAUAAUUUAUAUUUUUAAGAUAUUUUCUAAAAGAACGGACUCUUAGACAAAUAUAUUGUGCUAAUCUCGUAGUUUUGCAUUUCGAUAUAUAUGUACUGGAGUUGCAUUUGUUAGACAAUAUACUAUAGUAGAUGACUUUGUAUUGUUUGCGACUGUCUCCCUGUAAAUGUCUGUCCCUCUCUCCUUUGUGCAAUGUGAAGAACCAAAGAAUUGUUCUUUCUGAUAACUCGUACAGACGAUGGUAGGUUUUACUGUUUUAACUCAAAAAUGUAAGAAAUUCAAGCAUUCCUUUUCUAAAUCUGACACACUUCAGGGAGCCAUACUUGCUCAUUUGGUGUAAGCAGAAGAGAGGACUGGCCUCUGAAGAAGAAGAUAAGAAGAAGAAAAAGCUGUUGACGGAGUGAACAGAGAGGAAAAUGAAGAGGGAACACAGCACUUUAUUUUACAUUCAUUUCAAAAAGCUAAUUUGAUUAUUUACACACUGUGGAUCUCGGCAAGUGGUUCGCUUCCAGAGAUCCAAAACAUUACACUCAUAUGAAUUAAUGUGACAUCGCAACGCACAGCUCCGACACACAAACAGCAUGGAGGUACCUCGUGUGUCUGUAGGCCGCUUUAGUUCAACCAAAUAUCUGCAUCCUGCUUUUUUCUAUAUGCAUUCCGAACAUAUGACCACGUGGUGCUCUUUGUUACUCAUGCAAGCAUGGUGUGAUAUAGCAUUAUUAACUUUACAACAUGACAUGCAAGCAUGCUGCGAAGCAUCUAUUUUUAGUAGUGAAUCUUUUACGCUUAAAGAAAUAUUUACGCUGUAUGGUUGCAAUCAUUAGACUUAAUACGAGUUUUCGUGCCUUUGCUUUUAAUGGACGCCUGCCCUGCACACUGAAUCUGUCGCUGUCUAAUGGAGAAAAUUAAACAAACUGCACAGCAAAUAAACACGCAGAGAACUGGGUCAUUAUGCUGCCAGACACUCCUCCUUCUAGUGUCUUUCCUGUACACUUUAAUGCACCCCAACAUUUAGAUGAAAAAAAGGGCCCCAAUCCACAAAAACAAACAGGUGCACACUCACUCAGCAGACGGAACGACCACUGUUUCCAUGGUGAUGGUUGAGAUGAGUGGAUGGAUCGUAUUUGAUGCGAGCAUGUAGCCUAAUUUGUAGAGAUGUAGUCCUUGAAGACUUAAAUACCAUAUUGCUGCACGGUGUUUACAUUCAGCUCAUGAAUUCAUUCAUUCAGUCAUCUCAAUCUGAUGAAGCUUCAAUUAGUGAAGAAAAAGAAAACUGUAUUGUGGGCCUUUAAAUGAGACACCAUCCCUUUAUUUCACUUUCAUAGAAGCAUUCACACAUCUCAUAGCCACAUGCUUUGGCGUGAUGUGUAUGUUCACAUCUGUUCCUGACCCCCAUGGAGAGAGAGUGUGAAAUGUGAAUGGAAUAGGAACGAGGGGUGUGUGACAGAGGGAGCUGUGCAGCCUGAUUACAACUGACAUCUCUAAUGAGAGCUGCAGCACUCUGCUCUUUCACCUCAUGUCGGCCCAAAUCUUUAACACAGACAAGAGGAUCAUUAAACAACAUCAGCUCUUCUAAAGCUCUGUCCCUCAGACAGGACACAAACCAUCCCGCUCUUUCAUUGACAAAGUUACGCAGCUAGAUUAUGCACACUUAUGCACUCAUCGUGUGUGGGUUGGAGGUUUUUUUUUCCCAUUUAAAAGCACUGGCCCUGUACUUAAGUCUUUUGUGCAGAAUGACAGUGCAGAAAUGGCAGUUGGGUUGAGGCAUCCUUUUGAGGAUGUGUUCAUUUCUGUGAUUCUAUAAAUAUCAUCCUGGGUAUGCAGAAGGGAAGGGAGGGUCUGGGCCAGAAGGAAAGGCUCAGUUACAGCAAUGUCUUUGGGUAGAUGG